UGCGCCACAAUUACCUGUCAGUGUGCCGUGAGCAGGUGCCGAGGCAGACGCGUCUCUCUUCUCUUAUUUUAUUUAAUUAACUUUAUUUAUUGUAAAGUAAACAAUUUCUGGAAUGUGUUUUGCUCAUCCUAAACUACGUUACAGGACCGCGAUUGCCAUGGAAAACCAGCCACCACAAGGAUCCAGCGGGAGAGCUUUUACGCAUCGCACAUCUCGGAGCGUCUGUACAGAUAACAGUGGAGAAAAAUACAGAAACUGCACAGACUAUUAGAUUAGCCGCGCUCUGCGUUUGGACUGCACAUAAUGAGGUUCGGAUUGGUGGUUCUCACCGCUGGGUUCACAGGUUUGCUCAGCUUCAGCCUCCUCGCUGUGGCUAUUGGGACAGAUUACUGGUAUAUCAUUGAUGUGAAUAAACCCAACUGCACAGGUCCGGACGACCUGAGUUCUCAUUCUGGACUGUGGAGAAUUAAUGAAGGCGCAAACAUGAGCUCAGUCAUCCCUUCUUUCACAGCAAAUAUGUCCAGCCUGUCAGAAACAGAAAGGCACCUUCUUGGCUUGCAUAAGGUGGUGGUCAUCCUGUUGCCCCUCAGCCUGGUCCUGCUGGUACUCGGAUGGAUCUUUGGACUUGUCAGUUCGUUAGCCUGCAGUCCAAGAUUGCUGGCUGGAUCUGCAUCCUACUUUCUCUGCUGCAGUCUUUUCACCCUGUCUGGGGUCAGCAUCUACAUCAAAUACUCCAACCUGGCCAUGGAGGAGUUUCAGCGGAUCGUGCCCCCAGAGAACCUUGCCCACGUGCACGUGUCUUUCGGCUGGUCCUUAGCCAUAGCCUGGCUCUCUUACAGCCUCGAGGUGGCCACCGGCUUGCUGCUCAUGCUGGCUGCCAGAAUAAGUCAGAUGAAGGGACGCUAUGACUCUGGUGUCGCCAUUGCUAUGUUAUAGAUUGUUAUUUGAUGUCCAGGUGAAUGUUACUGAAGUGUAAUGAGAGAAAAAAUCUGCUCUGUUUUUCUGAAUUAACAAGACUGUUACUGUAAAACUGCAGUUAG